AUGCUAGCGCCGCGCGGAGCCGUUGCAGCAGAGGGUGAUGUGGUGCUCGUACUGCGUGGACAUCUCAACGUGACGCCCCUGCUGCUCCGCCGCGGGGAGGUGCUGCACUGUAGAGAAGGGAAGUUCCGCCACGACGACAUCAUCGGCCGGCCGCUCGGCACACGCGUUGAAGGCCGGAGCAACAUCAAGGACGACACUCGCGCGGUGCCCACCAUCCUCGUGCUGCAGAGCAGCGCGGACCUGUGGACGCUGGCAGUGCCGCACCGCACACAGAUCAUCUAUGACACCGACAUUGCCGUCAUCAUUUUCAACCUCCGCCUGCGCCCCGGCUGCCGCGUCGCGGAGGCGGGGACCGGCAGCGGCUCGCUCACGCACUCCCUCGCCAAGACCGUCGCUCCGAACGGCACCGUAUACACGUUUGAUUUCCACAAGGGCCGCUGCCUGGAGGCGCGACAGGAGUUCCGCCGCAACGGGCUGGCGGCAUCCCUCGUGACUUGCAACUGGCGCGAUGUGUGUGCCACCGCCUUCGACGACGACAACGUCGUGCCCGGCGGGGAGGAGGACUGCGGCGACAGCACUGAACCGCGCCACGGCUUCGGCUUGCCGAAGAAACAUGUGGACGCCGUGUUCCUCGACGUGCCGGCGCCGUGGCUCGCCAUCGAGAACGUGCAGCAUGUUCUCGUCCCAGGGGGCAUGCUGUGUACCUUCUCGCCGUGCAUCGAGCAGUCACAGCGGACGGCGCAGCGGCUGCGGCAGGAGCCCUUCGAGUUCCUCGACAUCCGUACGGUGGAGGCGCUCACGCGGGACUUCAACCCCGUCUACAAGCGUGGUCGAGAAGAGGAUGGACAACCGGGGCGCUACAAGUUCCGCAGCGCGCUAGUGUCAAAGGGCCACAGCGCGUAUCUCACCUUUGCGCGGCGGCGGCUCGAGCGCAUCCCUGGAAUGGACGCGGACGACGGCAGCCCAUUGAGUGGCGAGAAUAACAACGGCGGGAGCUGA